AUGGCAUCAAAGACUCACUCAUUGCCUUCACGUACAGAAGGAGGCUUCAAAGGCCCUCAGAAGCCCUCUCUUAGUCGACAGCUUGCGGGUUUGGCAGUGUCAGGCACCGAGCGCCAUUCUCAGGGUCGUCACAGAAGUGCAAAUCAACCGCAGACCGUAAAUUCCCUGAGGUCGCAACCGACCAGAUUGUCGCAGCUCCAUGAAAAGCCAACGUCAUCGCGCAACAAUAUUCCAGAAAGCCCAUUCAACAGUCGGGCAGCGGUCCGCGGAUGCUCUCUCACAGUAUCGUCAAUCCUGCCAAGGAGAAAUGUCAGUGCAGCAAGCAGUUUCCCAGACAGCAUAGAGCUAGAAUGGCUAUCUUCAAUGAACCGUGGAGAUAGCGAUCUCUUCAUCCAAGUCAAUUCAGAGCUUUUGAUUACUCCCAAUAGCAUUUCCACCAAGGACUUUGAGCAGACUUUUAUCAAUACCCACAACGGUGAAGUGUCAACCAUUCAUCCCAGGAUGCGCCUCCGAAAUUUUGGAGAGACGGAUGAUCCCGAUUCUUGGGAACUUAUCCCAUUGGAAGCUGAAAAUCGCCAGCCUUCCCUUGCAGCACCGUGCAAGUAUUUGCUAAGAACGCCCUAUUUCAACCCCUCCGAACCUUGGAAGGAGUGGUACAGGGCCACUUGGGGUUAUUUUGGCAAAUAUUAUAUCGUUGAUGGAUUCAACGGAAUCUUUCCGCCUCUGUCAAUUGCUGUCUCGACCAAUAAGAGAGCACUUGAUUUCAAGCGAAUCGUACAAGCUCUUAUCCAUUUCAACCAGCUCUGGCCGAGAGUCUUUGGCGACGAUAAUAAAGACCCCAAGCAGGCCGAACCUCAGAUUUGCGUGACACGCUCAUACAUCUCCUAUCAUCCCGAUUAUUGGUGUGCUGUUCCAUUCAACGGGAGCGUGUUUUUCAACAUUAGACGAGAAUCGGAGGUGGGUGAACGAUCGACCGUCUGGAUUCAAUUUGUUCUUGCUUUCGUUCGGGCCGCCGUCGCAAGUCCGUCCCUGGCACUCAUUGAAAGUUACCCAGUAACUCUGGUCGGUCUCAACGACUUCAAGAACAGGGGUUCUCCUCGACCGGAUGGAGAGCCGCCACUUCCAUUCUUAUUGUAG